GAAAGUGAGUUUUCGUCUGUGUGAUACGGGAUCAAUAGAAAUUAAAAUUGUGAAUUCUCACAUAAAAUAAUGCCGUUAUCGCGUGUGAAUAACUGGAAAUACAUAAUAUAGACAUAAGACAAAAGUUUUCGUGUUAAAUACAGUGCCUGGACCUUGUUUAAACGUAAUCCCAUACAAUACAUUGCUUUGGCGAAAUGACGGGGCCGUCUCGCCUUUUAUCCCCGACAAAGUGAAGUGUUAACUCAAAGUACUGUGAACUCUUAAAACAGUGACUUAUUUAUUAUUAUGUAGUUGAACUUUCGUAAUUUUGGUUUUAUUCGUCGUCAUUAGUGUCGUUCUUGGUGUUUUUAUUGUUAUGCCGUCGAGAUGAUGUGGUUUUACGUAGCGGUGGCGGCCGCUGUGACCGCCGCUAUAUGCGUACAGGGCGAUCAAGUGAUGCUUCUUGAUACUACAACUGAAAAUACGCUCGGAUGGACUCGAUAUCCUUACGGUCCGCAAGCCAGCACGCCAGGAUGGCUCGAGGAAUCCUACACAAAUUUCGAGAAACAAAUAAAUUGGCGAUCGUACGUGGUCUGUGAUGUUGCCCACCAUAAUGUCAAUAAUUGGUUAUGGACUCCGUUUAUAGAAAGAAGGAAUGCGAAUCGCAUUUACAUCGAAAUUAAAUUCACGAUUCGCGAUUGUUCUUUAUUCCCUGGUAAUGCUUUGAGCUGCAAGGAAACCUUCAGUUUGUUAUAUUACGAAUUUGACGUGGCCACCCGUGAACAACCACCCUGGGAACCUGAAAGCUACAAGUUAGUUGGCAGAAUAGCAGCUGGUGAAGGAAGGUUCAAUACCAAUUCAGAAGUUGAUAUAAACACAGAGGUAAAAAGCAUAGCUGUCACAAAGAGAGGUGUCUACAUAGCGUUUAGAGAUCAAGGUGCAUGUAUUUCAAUUUUAGCUGUAAAAGUAUACUAUAUUACAUGUCCAGAAGUCACUAUAAAUUUUGCCAGAUUCCCAGCCACUCCUACAGGCAGAGAAGUGACCGUUAUUGAACAAGCAAAUGGCACUUGUGUAGAAUAUGCUGAGACAGCCCCUGGAGAAUCUCCUCCAGUAUAUUUAUGCAAAGGAGAUGGCAAAUGGACUUUACCCAGUGGAUCAUGCAAGUGUAAAGGUGGCUAUGAACCAGACCAAGCUAACCAAGUUUGCAAUGAGUGUGCUCCUGGAAAGUUCAAAGCUCACACAGGAGAUGAUGCUUGUAUGCCAUGCCCUGACUAUUCAGAAUCGACAGCAUUUGCUUCAGUUGAAUGUAAAUGUGUUCCUGGCUUCUUCAGAGCUAAGAAAGAUCCUAAGAAUGUACCAUGUACUCAACCACCCUCAGCCCCAGACAAUUUAACUGUAACAUUUGCAGAUCAAUUCUCUAUAUCCCUAGCAUGGCAACCACCUCACAAGACUGGUGGACGUAGUGAUGUUACUUAUGAAGUCCAUUGUACUAAUUGUGGACCUAAUGUUGAGUACCGACCAUCCUCUAGCGGACUCAAUCACACAAGAGUCACAGUCAUGGGACUAGAUCCAGUGACUGAAUAUAAAUUCCAAGUACUUGCUGUCAAUGGAGUUUCUGAAAUGACUGGGGAUUCACCGAAGAAAAUUGAAAUUACCGCUGUAACAGAAGCUUCUGUUGUAAGUGUUGUAUCAAAACUGAGAAUUGUAAGCGUAGAAAAUGACAAGUUAUCGCUUGCUUGGAAUCCUCCACCCACUGAUAUGACUGACCCAGAUGACACAAUUGAGAGCUAUGAAGUGAAAUGCUUCCCUAAAGACAAUCAUGAGAGAAGUGCAAAUGUUACUGUGAAGAUAACAAAAGAGCCACAUGUGAUCAUUGCAGGAUUGAAGAGAGAUACUGAAUACGGUAUUAGAGUCCGAGCAAAAAUGAAGAGAGGAUGGGGAGAAUUGAGUGGCAUUGUCUAUGCCAGAACUGGGGCUGGAAUGGAGCCAACAUUUGUUGGUGAAGAUGAAGGAGCACAAGUACCCUUGGUGGCAGGUGUUAUGGUCGCUGUUGUUGUCCUGUCCGUUGUUGCCAUCAUUGCAACAGUAUUAUUCUUGAGAUCACGGGCUGACGAUGAAUGUGAUAAAAAGCAACCAAGCGACUGUAAUGCACUAAAUUAUAGAAAUGGAGAAGUUUAUACUGGCCCUGAUAGACCGACUAAGACAAGCAGUAAUGCUACCACACCACUCUUUGCAGGCACAGGCUCCAGAACAUAUAUUGAUCCACACACUUAUGAAGAUCCAAACCAAGCCGUAAGGGAAUUUGCUCGUGAAAUAGAUGCUUCAUGUAUCACUAUUGAAGCUAUCAUAGGUGGUGGUGAAUUUGGCGAUGUGUGCAGAGGAAAACUGAAAUUACCUGCAUGUGGUCAAGAAAUAGAUGUUGCCAUAAAAACUUUGAAACCUGGAUCAACUGAAAGGGCUCGUCGAGAUUUUCUAGCCGAAGCAUCUAUAAUGGGCCAAUUUGAACAUCCUAAUGUUAUAUUUUUGCAAGGUGUCGUAACAAAGUGUAAUCCAAUUAUGAUUAUUACGGAAUUUAUGGAGAAUGGCUCUCUUGAUACAUUUUUGCGAGCUAAUGAUGGUAAAUUCCGAGUACUUCAACUGGUUGGAAUGCUCCGCGGAAUAGCAACCGGAAUGCAAUAUCUUUCGGAAAUGAAUUACAUACAUCGUGACCUAGCUGCUCGCAAUGUACUCGUAAAUUCACAAUUAGUGUGUAAAAUAGCUGAUUUUGGUUUAUCCCGGGAAAUCGAAUCCACAGCUGAUGGAGCAUACACAACUCGAGGUGGCAAAAUACCAGUGCGAUGGACAGCUCCUGAAGCUAUUGCUUUCAGGAAAUUCACCUCUGCCAGUGAUGUAUGGUCCAUGGGAAUUGUUUGCUGGGAAGUGAUGAGCUUUGGUGAAAGACCAUACUGGAAUUGGAGUAAUCAAGAUGUGAUUAAAUCAAUCGAGAAGGGUUACCGUCUCCCUGCGCCCAUGGAUUGUCCAGAGGCUGUGUAUCAGCUCAUGUUAGAUUGCUGGCAAAAGGAACGCACUCACCGGCCUACAUUUGCGAGCAUCGUAAAAACGCUCGAUAAGUUAAUACGAUGCCCUGACACUUUGCGGAAAAUAGCCCAAAACCGUUCAACGGACCCCUUGGCUGGCGAUACACCAGACUUGAUACAAUUCUCUUCAGUAGAAGAGUGGUUGGAGUGUAUAAAAAUGUCCAGAUACAUAGAGAAGUUCAGAGCAGCUGGGAUUACUGAUAUGAAUGCUGUCGUUGACCUCACAGUGCACCAAUUGGCCUCUUUAGGAGUGACCCUGGUUGGCCACCAAAAGAAAAUCAUGAAUAGUGUCCAAAGCAUGCGUGCACAGAUUCGUGUCAGUGGCCCAUAUGGGUUUCUUGUCUAAGUAACUGAAUGGUAAAUGCAGUGUUGUUUUAUAUUGAAACGUGAUUUAAACACAGUGAUUUAAAUUAAUGAAAAUAAUGCAUCUUGUAUAUUUUUCUAAAAAAACUGUCCUAGGGGUUAGAGAUAUUAUAUAAUAUGGACAUCCACAGCGGUGAUUCAAUUUCAUUAUGGUGUUUAUAUUUUUAAUCAUAAUUUUAAUUAAAAUAUUAGAUCAGCUGUAUUGGGACAUUCAUGUUAUAUAAACCGGAGGCCUAAUAUCAUUCUCAAUACGAAAAAUCACUACACCAAGACUUAAAAAGCUGCCGUCUUUUAAUACAACGAACACAUUGCCAUAAUUAAUUGAUAUGAUUUUAUAUCCAUAUAUUAUCUUGUGAAAGGUAAAAAAAAUGUAUAAAUUAACAUAUUUCUAAAAAAUUUAAACAAAAAACAAACAUUGUUUAUUGUUACUUAUUUUGUGACUGAAAUA